AUGGCCUCUCAACGUUUGACCCUCGACAGAACCCAAGUCCAUCAGACAGCUGAAGCAUUGAUCCCUAUUCAUACUCAGCUCGUGAAUUAUGCUACUGCACUCACAAACCUGGCAAACUCAAGGAAAGAACUUGUCACUGCCCUAGAGGCGUUCAGCGGGAUGGAACACGUAUGCGCCGAACCGCUCGAUACGCUCAAGAAGGCCCUGGAUAUUUGGCAACCUGCUCGUGAUGCUGACGUGAGAUGCGCGAAGAAGUGGGUGGAGGAAUGCGCGUUGAUGGGUGAUGAAUUGCAGACCUGGGUCGAAAAUGUCCAUCAACAAGAGAAGUCAUACGAUGCGCUUAUAGUUCGUACGAACGCAAAGAUCCGGCAUGCGAAUCAGGUGUACGAAGAUAUAAUGGAGCGGACUGACUCGGUCGCUGCUGAUUGUGAGAGGCGCAAGUACCUGGAUGCUAUCGAUCGUAUGGGCAAGGUCAUGAACAUGGCCACCGCGGCGCAUUCUUCCUCGCAAACCUCCCAACAUGAUGAUUCGCUGGCCUCUGGCUGUGCAAGAGUUCUCAAGUUGGCCGAAAGUGAAUGGUCCCGUAUCGUCGAAAGUCUCCCUAGCAUGCCUGAUGAUCGUCUCGCUACCAUGGUGGGAGAAUGUGAAGACAUGGAUGGCCCUUCUAUGGAAGAUCUUUCCAACGGUAGCUCUUCAACGGCAUGCGAUUUCGACAUCAGCGCACUCAACGAAGUUAAUUACCAAGCACCCUUUCAACCCUGCAGUAGCGCAGACUUGGGCAUCGAUGGCCCCAUCUCGCGAUGUUGUCAUCUCCAGUAA